AUGAGCAUCGGACAUAACAUUCUCACGCACAAACUCCAGGCUCUCUUGGACAAUCGUCGCCAUCAAGGGCGACUGUUAUAUCAUCCGUUGCCGACGACCCUGAUGGGCACGGUCGACUUUGGAUCCAACGAUACCCUCGGUCUCUCCAGCUCAGGGCUCUUGUCGGCGGCGUUCCUGCGUGAGCUAGAACGACACCCCACGUUCACCGUUGGCAGUACAUCGUCACGCGCGGUGGAGGGUGGCCGGCAGUACCUGCUGGACCUGGAGGACGACCUGGCCAAGUUCCACGGCGCCGCGACAGGCUUGUUUGUCCACUCCGGAUACAGCGCCAAUGUGGCCAUCUGGUCCACCCUGCCUCAACCGGGCGACUUUGUCGUGUACGAUGAGUUGGUGCACGCCAGCAUCCACGAUGGCCUACGUCAGUGUCGCGCCACAUCGCGCGCCUUCCGACAUAAUGACUGUGCGGCGCUGAAGCGGCAGCUGGAAGAAAUCCGCGAUCAGGACGAGGGCGUGGCGCACGGACGACAAGUUGUGUUCAUCGCCAUCGAAUCCUUCUAUAGCAUGGACGGCGAUAUGGCACCGCUCCAUAGCAUCAUUACUGCCGCCCGUGAGGCGCUGCCGGCGGGCAACUAUCUGUGCGUCAUCGACGAGGCGCAUUCCAACGGGCUCGUAGGGCCGAAUGGGUCGGGAUAUGUCUGCCACUACGGACUGGAGGAAGAGUUUCCCAUCCGACUGCACACCUGUGGCAAGGCCCUGGCCUCCAUGGGAGCGAUCAUCCUAUGCUCCAAGACGGUCAAGGAGGCACUGAUCAACUACGCACGCAAUAUUGUCUUCAGCACGGCGCCCAGCUAUCUCUCCGCCGCUGGGGUGCGCGCAGGAUACGAACUGGUCGCCAGCGUCGAGGGCGAAAAGCAGCUUCGACAAGUCCUGCAACAGAAGGUGCGGUACUUCUACCAUCGAUUGACCAACGACCCUACCUGGCAACGGGCCCGUCGCAAGGAUAUCUUGUCCCUGCCCACGGAGACAACGUGGUCCUCGCGGCCGCUGCAGUCGCCCGUCAUCGCACUCAUCACGCGGGUAGACAGGGCCAACGCAUUGGCAGAACACCUGCAACAGCACCAAUACUGGGUCAACGCGAUCCACUUCCCAGCGGUACCACGCGGACAAGACCGCGUGCGGUUAAUGAUCCAUGCCAGCAACAGUCUGGCGGAAAUUGAGACGGUGGUGGCCCUCAUCAUGGAGUGGACCACACGGCAGCUGGAAACAAAUAUCAUGCGCGCAGAGUUGUAG